AUGGCAUCCCCAGGCGGCCCUCCGCCGGGCGCCCAACCCUUCUCCCCGCAGCAAAUCCAACAGUUGAUUGCCAUGGAAGCCCAAAAGCGCGGAAUGACCAUCCCUCAAUUCCAAGCCUUCCAACGACAACAGAUCGAGACCGAGGCCGCCAAAGCGGGAAUGACCCCUCAGCAGUUCGUCCAGAUGAAGCAGGAGGAGGCAAGACAACAGUUCAUGCGCCAGCAGCAGGCGGCUCAACAGCAACAGUCACAACAGCCACAGGGAGGACAACCACAGGGACAACCACGAGGACCGCCGCCCGGCCAGCAGGCCCAACAUAUCCCCUUGAAUGCGAAGGUGGAGCCCAAGCCCGAGGCGCUCGCCGUCGCGAAGUUUCUACGUUCUCAGGAUUUGAAAACUCGAACUUGUAUCUUUAAUGGCGAGAGGAAGGACAUGUUCAAAGUGAAACGAGCGUUCCGCGCCCUGAACUCCGACGCCUACAAAAAGGCUCAAAAGAAGAACCCUUUAUUGCCCAAAGUCGAGAACGACGUUGACGCACGAUCAGCCCUUCAACUUCUUCCCCUAUCCAUGCUUGCUCUGCGGGUUUCCAAAAAGGAUCCACACGAGGGACACAAUCACGCCAAACCCAAGAAAGAGAAACGGGUCAAGGGAUUAUGGGAAGUCAAGAUCGAGCAACAACAGGACUUUGACCCAAUGAUGCAUUACGUCUGGCUGUACGAGGGGUCACAGUGGAAGACUAAAUUGUGGGCGGCAUUGGUUCUGGUCCUGGUCUUCGCAGCAGUGCUCUUCCCCUUGUGGCCGCUCGUCCUGAGACAAGGCGUGUGGUAUCUCUCGGUCGGCAUGAUGGGAUUGAUUGGCUUGUUCUUUGCCAUGGCCAUCUUCCGCCUGAUUCUCUUCGUUGUCACAUUCUUCCUUGUUCCACCUGGUCUGUGGUUAUAUCCCAAUCUCUUCGAAGACGUCGGCUUUUUCGACAGUUUCCGACCGCUGUGGGGCUGGCAUGAGACCAAGGAGGAUAUCAAGCGGAAGAAAAAGGAGAAGAAGGCUCGGAAGGCUCAGAAGAAGCUUGCUGCUGCUGGAGGAGGCGAGCGCAAUGUGGCUCCCGUGGCGCAGACGCCCACGAAUGGGGCCGCCGUCACAUCUGCGGUUGAGCCGGCCGCUACGUCAACGGCAGCUAAGCGACAUGUUGCUCCGACGGUGGAGGAAGCUGAUGAUGAAUGA